AUGUCUGAAUCCAAGGUGAAAUCAACAGAAGUGGUCGACGAGGUUACUAGUGUGGAGGAUUUUGAGCCUCUAGUUCAAACAAUCAGGAAACUGGAAGAAUCUGUCGAGGAUGUUGGCUACAAGAGACAAAUUACUGGUCGUCAAGUCCUUAUGAUAACUUUUGGGGCAGGUAUCGGUACUGGUUUCUGGGUCGGUAUGGGCUCAGCUUUAAGGCAAGGUGGUCCUUUUGGUAUAGUCUUUGCUUAUACAAUCAACGCUUACAUUGUUUAUGUCAUGUUCAUUCAAACUGGAGAGAUGACGGCCUAUCAGCCUAUUCACGGUGGUUUCAUUAACCAGAUUGACAUGUAUCUUGAUAAAGCAAUUUGUUUUGCCCAGGGAAUUAACUUUGCUUUCAACUGGAUGAUUGUUCUGGCAGCAGAGCUUACCGCGGGUAUUAGCAUUCUUCGUUACUGGGAUACUAAUAACAGAGUGACAACUGCCGAAUACAUUGCGAUAUUCGCAGCAAUCUACAUUGCUGGAAAUAUUUGGCCAAUCAGAGCUUACGGAUACAUUGAAUACGUUCAAUCCUUUAUCAAAAUCGUUGCGAUGGCUGGUAUCACUCUCUUUAUGUUUAUCGGAACCUGUGGAGGAUUACCAAACACUGGACCAAUUGGAUAUAAGUUUUGGAAGAAUCCUGGCUGGAUAAGAAAUGGAAUUCAAGGAAUAGUGUUGGCCUUCUCACAAUCUGGAUUUUCUUUUGGUGGAGGUGAACAUAUCGCCAUCGUUGCAGGUGAGGUGAAAAAUCCAAGAACGUUUAUACCUAGAUGCACCCAGCCUAUAUUUUGGAGGCUCUGUGUGUUUUUCAUUGGCAACGCUUGGCUGAUUACAAUGAAUGUGCCGUAUGAUGACGAAACACUUAAUAAUGCCAGUGGCUCGCUUGCUUCGCCAUACAUCAUUGCAAUGAAAAGGGGAGGAGUGAAGAUCCUCCCUGAUAUUCUGAAUGCUCUGAUUCUACUUUCCGUCAUCUCAUGUGGUAACUCCUCCGUGUACAUUGGAUCUCGAUCGCUUGUUGCCUGUGCAGAUUUGAAAGUUAUUCACCCGGUAUUUGGCAAGAAAGACUCUAAGGGCAGGCCCGUUCUGUCUCUUCUGACUGUGUUUGUGGUUGGUAUUGCGCUGGCGUUCUUAAACUGCUCAAAAACUGGAGAGCAGGUGUACAACUGGUUUAACUCGCUGUGUGCCCUGAAUGGAUACUUUACUUGGCUUAGCAUAUACUGGUCACAUUAUCGCUUCAGAGCUGGUCUCAAAGCACAGGGUAUCAACUACAAGACGCUGCCUCUUUACGACAAGUUUUUCCCGUGGACAACAUAUACUGCCACCUUCAUUAUCAUUGCCCUGUUUAUAGGACAAUUCUACAUUGGAUUAUAUCCUCUUGGAGGAAAUUCAAUGUCAGCUGCAGACAGAGCAGAGAAUUUCUUCCUGACCUACCUCUGUGUUCCUCUGUUUGGCCUCUGCUGGCUUUAUUACAAGCUCAGAUUCAAAACCAAACUGCUAUGCCAAAAAGUGGAACGAGAUUGA